AUGCAAGAAAAAGAGAGCCUCGACGCAGCAACAGAAAUUGCUUUCUCUGCUUCUCAGUUUUACUCGUACUCACGACGAAGACUUCACUUGUCUUCAACCUCCAACUCCAAAAUUCAAGCCCCAGUAUUGCCUCUAGGGUUAGGGUUAGGGUAUUCAAACUUCGCAAAGCUGGAUAGGUACAGAGUAGACCGCUAUGGCGACAACGACGACGACGACGACCACGAGGACUCCAACCCCUACCGUCGUCCUUCUCGCUUCUCCGAUGCACCCAUGAACUAUCAAACUCACCACCCUCGCCGUAGCCCUCCCAGCUAUCGCGGUGGUCCUCCUCCCCACCGUGCCUUCGACAGCCCGCCACGUCACUCUCCCGGCGGGUUCCGGCCAUUGGGGGGUGCCGGUGGUGGAGGGUUUGGCCCCAACCACCAGGACCCGCCUCCUCUCUCGGGUCAGAAACGAGGCUUUUCUCGUGGAGGCUCUCCAGAUCGUUUUGGUAGAGGAAGUUUUGCUAAACUUUUUGUUGGAUCAGUUCCCAGGACAACAACUGAGGAAGAUAUUCGCCCUUUGUUUGAAGAACAUGGAGAUGUGAUAGAGGUUGCUCUAAUAAAAGAUAGGAAAACAGGACAGCAGCAAGGCUGUUGUUUUAUAAAAUAUGCAACCUCAGAAGAAGCUGAUAGGGCCAUUAGAGCUCUGCAUAAUCAACAUACCCUUCCUGGGGGAUUAGGUCCUAUCCAAGUCAGAUAUGCUGAUGGGGAACGAGAACGCCUUGGUGCAGUUGAGUACAAAUUGUUUGUGGGAUCACUGAACAAACAAGCUACGGAAAAGGAAGUUGAGGAAAUUUUUUCACCAUAUGGUCGAGUUGAAGAUGUUUACCUCAUGCGUGAUGAAUUGAAGCAGAGUCGCGGAUGUGGAUUUGUAAAGUACUCCCAAAGAGAUAUGGCGUUGGCAGCUAUAAAUGGUCUUAAUGGGCGCUAUACAAUGAGAGGAUGUGAUCAACCACUCACUGUGCGGUUUGCUGAUCCUAAAAGGCCUAGGUCUACAGAUUCAAGGGUUCCGGCAUUUGGAGGUCCAGGUUUUGGUCCUCGAUUUCAAGCCCCUGGGGCGAGACCAGUCCCUAGCUUUGGUGAUCCUAUGAACGACCAAAUUCCAACUCAUGCUUGGCAUCCAAUGAGUCCACCAAACUUGGGACCAUCCCCCAAUGCUGGGAUUCGUGGCUUUGGGGGCCAUUUUCUUCCUAGGGCCGGAGACAUGGCGUUGCCCUUGAAUUCGGGUGGCCAUGGUGGCUCUGCAGAGGGUCCUCUUCCUGGGAUGCCAGUUUCGUCUUCUUUAACAUCACAACAGAGUUUUAACCAGUCUAUGCCACAUGUCGGCCAGAAAAUAUCUCCAGUACAGAAGCCUAUUCAGUCACCUCAGCAUUUGCCACCUUCCCUUCAACAGCACCCUCAAACUCCAGCAUCAUACUCUCACACACAAACAGUAAGGCAGCUUGGCCAGGCACAACUUUCUCAUUCUUCUGGUCAAACACCAUUUAGUCAAGCAUUACCAUCACAACAGUUUAUUGGCUUGGGUGGACAGUUGUCUGUCCCUCAGCCUGAGGUCCCAAAGAAUGCAUCUUCUGCUACAACACUACCAGCUCCUUUGAAUAUUAACUUACAACGCCACUCCGUGUCCUCCACAACAAAUCAGCAGCAGAUUUCUUCUGCUCCUCCUGUCCAGCAACCACUGCUUCAGCCUCUUCAGCAGUCACCGUCUCAGUUAGCUCAGAUGCUAUCACAACAGACACAAACUCUGCAGGCAAGCUUUCAAUCAUCUCGGCAGGCGUUCUCCCAGCUCCAACAACAGUUGCAGCUAAUGCAACCAUCAAAUCAGGGUUUGGCACUGCAUCAGAUUUCCCAGGCUACUAAACAGCAACAGUCCCAGUGGACUGGGGUUGUACCACAGACAGUGGCCAGCACUGCUGCUGCCACACCAGCUGCAGAUGUGCCUUCAGCCACAUCUGUUGCUCCUGUAACCCAAACUACGGCUCCUGCAAAAUGUAUUUGGACAGAGCACACCUCCCCGGAUGGAUACAAGUACUAUUAUAAUAAUGCUACUGGUGAAAGCAGGUGGGAGAAACCUGCCGAGUUUAUAUUGUUUGAGCAACAGCAGCAGCAACAAAAGGCAUCAGUUCAGCAGGCUCAUACCCCAUCACUCCCUCAAAAUAUCUCUGCGCAGCAAGUUUCUCAUAAUCAACAGCUGCAUCUUCAAUCUCAGCUUCAACCACAUCUUCGAACUAACCUGCAUUUACAACAGCCAUCUUUCUCUUCAUCGUACCAGGCUUCACAGGCUUCUGGAAUUAUAGGUCACCAAAAUGUUCAGGAAUUUGGUUAUUCACAAUUACCCACAACUAGUUCAGUUGGUGAUCCUACACGCUUCCAACAGGGGCUUCAAGCUGCUCAGGAGUGGAUGUGGAAGAAUAAGCGAACAGGGUUAAAAUGGAGGUUUCUGGGGCCUGGGGCUUUUAUUGUGCCCGGGCAUGAAGUGGUGGAGCAGAGCCUAAGGUGGCACACUGGCAAAAGUAUUUAUUCUCGGAGGAAGCUGAGCGCGGCGACAAUGGCAGCCAGGGUCCUUAUUAGAGGUUGA